GUGCAGAACAUGUCCCAGUCCAUUGAAGUCCUAAACCUGAGGACACAGAGGGACUUCCAGUAUGUGAUGAAGAUGGAGAACCAGAUGAAGGGGCUCAGGACCAAGUUCAGACAGAUUGAGGAAGAUCGCAAAACCAUCAUGGCCAGAAACUUUAAGGAGCUGAAGGACCGGAUGGAUGAACUGCAGCCGCUGAUCCCCGUGCUGGAGCAGUACAAAACAGAUGCUAAGCUAAUCUCCCAGUUCAAAGAGGAGAUCCGGAACCUGUCAGCUGUUCUGACGGGCAUCCAGGAGGAGCUGGGGGCCUACGAUUACGAGCAGCUCUACCAGAGAGUCAUCAGCCUCGACAGCCGCCUGCGCAACUGCAUGAGCAAACUCACGUGCGGGAAAUUAAUGAAAAUCACAGGACCCGUGACUGUAAAGACAUCUGGGACCCGGUUCGGCGCAUGGAUGACUGACCCACUGGCGUCUCCGAGAAACAACAGAGUAUGGUACAUGGACACCUAUACCAACAGCAAGGUGGUGCGUGAGUACAAGUCCAUGGCAGACUUUGUCUCAGGCCUGGAGUCCCGGACCUACUACCUUCCAUUCAAGUGGGCCGGGACCAACCACGUGGUGUACAAUGGCUCACUGUAUUACAACAAGGAGCAGAGCAACAUCAUAGUGAAGUACAGCUUCGAGACGGGCCGGGUCCUGGCCCAGCGGGCACUAGAGUACGCCGGCUUCCACAACGUGUACCCAUACACCUGGGGCGGCUUUUCCGACAUCGACCUUAUGGCCGACGAGCUGGGCCUGUGGGCCGUCUACGCCACCAAUCAGAAUGCCGGGAACAUCGUGAUCUCCCAGCUGGAGCCGCAGACGCUGGAGGUUCAGCGGACGUGGAACACAGAGUACUCCAAGCGCAACGCUGGAGAAUCUUUCAUGAUCUGCGGGACACUGUACAUCACCAACUCCCACCUGACCGGCGCCAAGGUCUACUAUUCCUACAACACCAAGACGUCCACCUACGAGUACACGGACAUCCCCUUCCACAACCAGUACUUUCACAUCUCCAUGCUGGACUACAAUGCUCGGGAGAGGGCGCUCUAUGCCUGGAACAACGGCCACCAGGUUAUAUUCAACGUCACGCUGUACCACGUCAUCAAAACGGAGGAUGACUCAUAA